UUUACUCACUCUGGUCUUCUUGACUGCUUGGUGAGCGGUCGUCUCUUUUUUGCUAUAUUUUCUUUAUUCUACCUACUCUGUAAUUUUUUGCCUAUAUUUUGUCACUGAUUUGAUUUCAAUACAAGAGAAUAAUGCGAUUGAGUCGCGCAUGACCAAUCGCAGAGCAAAACGUUUUGCAUGGCUGGAAACGUCAAGAAGUUUGAUCUGUACAAACUUGUUAUUCCACGGACAGCGGAAUGGUUCAAAAAUCGAGCCUAAAUACUGGAGCAGCGCAACCGAGCUCACAAUGAUAUUGCCGAGAAGCUGGAAAAUUACGAAGUGGGAUUGGAAAAUCAUCUUUCAUCGUACGACGCUGUUCGAUUGGAAGCAAAAAUAACUAAUGCAGAAGUCGAAGCUCUCAAUAAGCACGCCGAAGCUGUAUGAAACCUCUUUGAUGAUUCAUACCUCUAAGCAAAAGCCAAGGAAUGCAAUAAUAGAUUAUAAUUGAUUUUAUUGUAAUGUUUUUUUUUUCAUACCAUUUUUUCUGUAUUCUUAUUUUUCAUAUAAUAAAGUUCAUUCUUAUCACA